AGGGACCAAAACAAACAUAACCUUUAAACUAUCACAUGUUUUAAACUUUAUACUUUAGAAACAAUGUCCAACACAAGAAAAACAUGGGAAAGUUUAACGAUAUCACCGCAAUUACAAGACGCCAUUGCAAAACUAAACUUUCCCACAAUGACGCCUGUACAAACCGCAACAAUACCACUUUUAUUGAACAUGAAAGAUGUUGCUGCUGAAGCAGUAACUGGUUCAGGUAAAACUCUAGCGUUUUUAGUGCCUAUGUUAGAGAUGAUGUUAAGAAGACAAGAGACACAAGCAUGGAGAGUAGAUGAAGUCGGCGGCAUGAUUAUCUCACCCACAAGGGAAUUGGCAAUGCAAACUUAUGAUGUGCUGCAAGGAUUACUCACAGAUAUAAAAUUAAGCAGUGUAUUGAUUGUGGGUGGUAAUAGUGUGGAUGAGGAUGUUAGAAUGCUGAGGAAACACGCGAAUAUUAUUGUUGCCACACCCGGUAGGUUGGAGGAUCUUAUGACGAGGAAAGGGGACUUGAAUUUGCCUUUUAAAGUGAAAAGUUUGGAGUUCUUAGUAUUGGAUGAAGCCGAUCGUCUCCUCUCCCUAGGCUUCCAGACAAGCCUAGACACAAUUCUUAGUUAUCUCCCGCGUCAGCGACGAACUGGUCUUUUUUCCGCGACGCAAACAAAAGAAGUACAAGCAUUGAUACGUGCAGGACUCCGCAAUCCUGUCCUAGUAGCCGUAAAAGAAAAAGCUGCACAAAGCACACCUAUUCAACUAGAAAACUAUUACAUCCUAGCUGAAAACGACGGAAAACUACGCAGUAUGCUUCAGUUUAUACGCGAGCAUGAAGUUAAAAAGGGCAUGAUAUUCCUGCCGACGUGCGCAUGCGUUGAUUACUGGCAUGAUGUGUUGCCUAACUUAAUGAAGGUGUUGAAGAUAGAUGGGGAGAUAUUAGCUGUGCAUGGUAAGAUGAAGUUAAAGCGGAGUAAAGUGCUGCAGAAGUUUCGCGAGGCGGAGAGGGCCGUGUUGUUGUGUACGGAUGUCAUGGCAAGGGGGAUUGAUAUACCAGAAAUGGAUUGGGUGUUACAAUGGGAUCCACCGAGUAAUGCUGAAGCAUUCGUGCACAGAGUUGGCAGGACUGCUCGGCAGGGUGAAAAAGGAUCGGCUGUGAUAUUUCUGCUUGAACAUGAGGAAGCCUAUGUUACUUUUAUCGAGAAAAACCAACGGGUGAGGUUGGAAAAGUUGGAAAUGCAGAAGGAAAUUGAAGAAGACGGUGUUAAAGAUAAAAUCUUCACAACUCUACGCUCUCUCCAGAAAAAAGACCGUGCACUCAUGGACAAAGCAAUAAAAGCCUUCGUUUCGCACGUACGCGCCUACUCCAAACAAGAAUGCUCCCUCCUACUCCGCGUCAAAGAUCUCCCCCUGGUAGACAUGGCAAUAACCUACGGCCUCUUACAACUACCAAAGAUGCCAGAGUUCAAAAACAUCGACACCUCCACAUUCCCCACAGACCUAGACAUCAACACCAUUCAAUACAAAGACAAACAACGCGAGGCUGCACGAUUAGCCAAACUGGAAAUCUACGAGAAAACAGGCACGUGGCCCGGCGCGAAAAAACACCAGAAGGCUACCAUUGCCUGGAGCAAAACAAAAGAGGAUAAAGAAAGUCGCAAAGAGCGCAAGACUAAACGUAAACUGAAAAAAGCCAAACAACGUGAGGAGAAUCUAAAUAAUCAGAAUGGUAAAUUAAAUAAGAAACGUAAGGGUAUUUCCGAUGAGGAUUAUGCUGAAUUAGCGAAAGAUGUCGCUCUGUUGAAGAAAUUGAAGAGGAAAAAGAUCACUGAUGCGGAUUGUGAUCGAGAAAUGGGCAUUGAUUAAUAACUUGUUUAAUUUUCAAA